AUGGUGGGAACCCAAGACGGGGCGACGUCCCCCAAAUCCGUCAACCAAGUACACCAGGUUCAAGAUCUCGAGAAUCUCUCUUCCUCCUCCGGUUCAGACAACAGCGCCAGCAGUAGCAAUUCCAGCAGCGGCACCGGUACUCCGAUUGUCACCAACAGCGCGACGAUACUGAUCACGACCGACCAUCCCGACGCACCACUUCCCGAAGUAACCCUUGUCGAAGCCCUCGAGGCCGAUAACUCCCCGCCCACUCCGCGAUUUAUCCAAGACGCCGGCUCGUGGAAGAGGUGGAAAUGGGUACCAUAUCCCGUCCGGCGUUCAAUUGUCGCCGUCAUUCAAUGGGCUCACGGCCCCGUCACUCCUCAGCGGUUCCGAAUCAAGCCGUUGUUCCCAGGCGUUCAAUAUGCGCCAAUCCUGCUCCUGGAGAAGAAAUUCCCACGGUUGAGGCAUAGGCUAUGGCUGCUGUUCUUCUGGAUCGCUAUGUGGAUCAUCACCUUCGCCUUGGUCAUGCGGAAAGAGCUGGACGUGGACGAGAUUCCGGGAUGGGGAAGGCCCGUCUCGAUUGGUUGCGGAGCUGCCUACUGGGAGAUGGACAAUGGUUGCGGACUCGAUGGCAUGCGGUGUCGGCCCUUCACCAACUCCGGGUUCGCCUUCAAGUGUCCUGCCAACUGCGCAAGCUAUGAGGUCUUGAACCCGCGCGCGGUGGGUGACCAGGAAGUGGUAUACAGACCUCUGAUCGUUGGCGGUCCGCCAGCAACAGGAGGCGAUACCACCCCCGUCUACCGCGGCGACUCCCACCUCUGCGGCUCUGCCGUUCAUGCCGGCGUUGUCUCCAACGCGCAUGGCGGCUGUGGUGUGGUGCGGUUGAUCGGAACGCAGAGGAACUUCAGCAGCUCGGAACGGAACGGAAUCGAGAGCAUUGCCUUCGACUCGUACUUCCCGCUAUCUUUCACCUUUGAGGAAGGGGUUAAAUGCUCAGCCAAGGAUAUGCGCUGGGCGCUCCUCGCCAUAUCCGUCGUCUUUUCCACUGUGCUCUCGGUACUGAUCACAUCACCGCACCUCUUCUUCUUCCCCGUCUUCACAGGCAUCUACUGGACCGUUGGCCUGGCUACUGACCCGGCCAACAUCACCGAUGUCCCUUCCCUCAUCUCGCGUGAGCUCGGCUCCUUCCUCCCCGCCAUGCUGGCAGCAUGGGUCAUGUACGACCACAUGGGCAUCCGCCGCUCCCUUUCUGGCCUCACCGCCCAGUUCGAAAAGACCAUCCUCUGGCUCGGCGGCUGCUGGGUCGGUGCUCUAACGAACUACACCUUCGACUUCAUUCCCAUCCAGCGUCUCACGCCCCACGACCUCGCACAACAACCUGGCGCGCGCGCCGCUCUGGCAAUCAUCAUCAUCGUGCUGAUCAUCAUCGUGGCCUCGCAGGCCUGGUUCUUCCGGCAGGAAGGCAGACUAGUCCGCUACCUCAAGUUCUACACCAUCGUCGGCGCAGCCCUCAUCCUCUGCGUGAUCUUGCCGGACCUCAAGCUGCGUAUCCACCAUUACAUCCUCGCCUUGCUCCUCUUGCCAGGGACAAGCAUGCAAACCCGUCCUUCCCUUCUCUACCAGGGCCUGCUGGUAGGGCUAUUCAUCAACGGCAUUGCCCGCUGGGGAUGGGACCCGGUCUUGCAAACCGCCUACGCUUUGCAGGGCGACGCGCAGCUCGGUUCGCCUCUACCAGCUAUCGCUGCCCCUGUCAUCUCACUAGGGAAGAAUAUCUCCUCUAUUACUUUCACCUGGGGCAAGCCACCUGGUUCGAUCUACGAUGGGAUUAGCGUGCUGGUGAAUGAUGUGGAACGGUUCAGGACGUAUUUCAGCAAUGAUGAGUUCGACAAGAACGCACCCUCCAACUUUACGUGGACGAGAGAGGGCGAAGAGAUGGGGAGAGAUACGGAGUACUUUAGGUUUGCGUGGAUGCAGGGGUACAAGAGUGAGGAUUACACCAAGGCGGGAGUGUGGACGAAGGAGGGCGAGUGGGUUGCCAUGGCGCCGGGGCCGUCGAGGGUUAAGAGGGGUUUGGGAAUGGGUGUUGAGGGGGAGGAAGAGGAGGGGAGGAGGAGGUUAGCUUGA